AUGGCUGCUACAUUUCACUGUGCUGCACUAGCGAAGGGGAAAAAAACAGCCAGUGGAGAGCACACAGAGCUGCUUCAGUCCACUUGUUCAACAAGGUUACAGUCAUACAAAGAAAAGUGGAGAGAGCACAUAGCCUUGAGGGGGAGGAGUGUGCUAAUUGUACAGCUCCACAAGUUUAUAAGAAGUGCAUCCUUUAUAAACAGUGCUGGAGAAAAUAUUUCCUUUGAUGACAAAGGGCAUAUAAUCACUGGAUUUGAUAUUUUCAACUGGGUCACCUGUGCAAAUAACACAUUUACAAAAGUCAAAGUUGGAUGGAUAGAACCCAACUCUUCCUCUUCACUCAACAUUCAUGAAGACUCCGUUGUAUGGCCUAUAAGGUUUAACCAGAAAAGACCACGUUCCCUGUGUAACGACCAUUGUGCUUCAGGUUCAAGUAGGAGUGAAAUUGAAGGAAAGCCAUUUUGCUGCUAUAAGUGCUUUCCGUGUCCAGAAGGGAAGAUGGCAAGUGAGAAAGAUAUGGAUGAUUGCAUACCAUGUCCGGAAGGACAAUAUCCAAACAACAAGCAUGAUUCAUGCCUUCCAAAACACAUAGUUUUUCUCUCUUAUGAAGAUCCAUUAGGGACCAGUUUGGCCACUACUGCAAUUGUCUUUGCUUGCAUUGCCACUGUGGUGCUUGGGAUCUUCAUCAAAUACCAGGACACUCCCAUAGUCAAGGCCAACAACCGGAACAUCACCUACCUUCUCCUCAUCUCCCUUGUGCUCUCAUUCCUUUGCAGUUUAUUAUUCAUUGGAAAACCUGAAAAGGUGACCUGCCUUUUGCGACAAACUGCUUUUGGGAUUGUCUUCUCAGUAGCCAUUUCUUGUAUAUUGGCAAAAACCAUCAUUGUGAUUUUAGCUUUCAUGGCUUCAGUACCAGGAUCCAAGAUGAGGAGAUGGCUGGGCAAACGAUUAGAUAAUUACAUCGUUGUUUCCUGUUUCCUUGUUCAAGUUGUUAUUUGCAUUGUAUGGCUUGUAACCUCACCCCCAUACUCAGAUGCUGAUAUGAACUUAGUGGCAGAUGAAAUCAUUCUGGGAUGUAACGAAGGCUCUACUGUCAUGUUUUACUGUGUUUUAUUCUACCUGCUUUUCCUUGCCAUUGUUGGUUUUAGUGUGGCUUUCCAAGCCCGGCAUUUACCAGACAGUUUUAAUGAAACCAAGUUCAUCUCUUUCAGCCUGUUGUGCUUUUGCAGUGUCUGGUUGUCCUUUUUUCCAACAUAUCUGAGCACCAAGGGGAAAUACAUGGUGGCUGUGGAGAUCUUUUCCAUAUUAUCCUCCAGUGCAGGGCUACUGGGUUGCAUCUUUUUCCCCAAAUGCUUUGUUAUUCUAGUAAGGCCUGAUCUGAAUAAUAAAAAGCAGUUGAUGAGAGGAAAGAAAGAAGAACUAUAAUUCCAUAUUUUUUCAGUUUUAAAAAGAAUACAUUGUCAUACGUAUUCAAUAAAGACCACUCA